AUGGCCGCUACGUCUCCAAACACGGAUGCACCAUCAGUAGCAGCCUCUAGUUCACAUAUAGUAUACACCAGAGGCUCCUCCGGGGAGCCAUCUGCUGAAGAUCUUCAACGAAAACCAUGGAAAUUCAUUGGCUAUAGAGGUUAUACCAGCUUCAUCGCCUCGGACCACGAUUUUCAUAUUUUCCGGCGAUUCAAAGAGUUGAAUGUCCGUACUGCUCUUCUACUGCAGGAUGGGAUCUCUUGUCUCGAGGAGCAACUCGCCCAAAUGGACGAUACACACAGCAAAAAAACGGCCCAAGAUGUUCACAACGGCUCUUUCAGAAAAGAUGCGGUUGAGGAUCGGAUGUUGGCUUUAGAGUUAAUUUCCGAGAAACUCUAUCGAUACAAUAAAUUCAUGCUUCAACAAUCAGCGUUGAAUCAGUUCUCUGACGCCCCUCGACGUGAUGUUAGGAGCAUCCGCAACUGGCACUACAAUCAUGGCUCUGCGGCGAUAUUAAAUGAGGAGCAGAAAUAUCUUGAUCAGGACGAUCUCUUCUGUGUCCUGCAAAAGGAUAAGACACCGCUUCGUCGCAUGAUUGACAAAUCAUAUAGAUUAAGGACCAUGGACUUAUGGAGACGCCCUGAUACCGUGCCAGACUAUGACGCAUCUCACGUUUCUUACUACUCCGAUAAGCGGAUCGAUCAUUUUGCUUCAGGCGUCAUUAUUGCCAUUGGAACGUGUCUAUUGAUAAUACCUUUAUGGAUAUUGCAGGCGUUGAAUACUUUGAAGAUAAAGCUUGCAGUUAUCACGGUGUUUAUCUUCGUGUUUCUGCUCAUCCUAUCGAUUUCUAUGGCAUCGAAACCGUUUGAAGCAUUGGCUGCCACUGCUGCUUAUGCCGCUAUUCUCAUGGUUUUCAUACAGUUGGGCUCCGAUUGA